CAAAACAGUCAAAAUAAAAAGAAAAGUAAAACAAAAUAAAAGAAAAGGAAAUCCCCCCUGCUCCACUGGGCCUUGGCCCACCAGAACCACCAGCCGUCCCAGCCCCACCCCUCGAUCGUCUUCCUCCUACUGUACAUGACCGAGGGCGUGCUCCCGCCCGACCACUUCGUCGGGGACGCCUCGGUGGGGGAUAAGGACGCCCCGGCGUCUCGGGCUCUCUCCCUCCACUUGCGCCACUCCCACUCGCCCCUAUCUCCCCACUCACCACUCGCUCGCCCCUCCCCCUCUCAGAUUCACUCGGGCCUGAGACACCGCCGCCGCCACCUCGUCGAUCCCGUGGCCGCCGACCUCCCCUCAUCACGCCAAGGCGUCCAGGAGCUGCGCCACCUUUCCCUGCUUCGACUACAAGCAUCGGCUCGGGCUAGGAGGCCGCUAACACUCGCCAUCGACGUCAUCUUCGCUCACGGCCGCCGCAUCUCGCCGUCAAAUUCGUCGCAUCCCGGCCACCCCCGUCCUCCCAACCUCGUCCACGAGCAUCGGGACACCGAGGCCGACGCCGCUGCUACCCAGUACGACUAUGGUGUUGACGACCCCCUCCUUCUCGGCUGAGCUUCCAGGCAAGCCCCCCCCCCCUGAUCACCAGAUAGCACC